CAUACAGCAACGCACAUGAAUGCGUCCAACAGACUUCAUAUGACCGCGUUUUCAGGGAUUAACACGUGAUUAUAACAGCCAGGCUUAAAUAAACGCUGGAUUGUGUGUUACUGUUAUUUCUCACUUAUUUCAUCUCAGACUGACAGAUGGCGUGAAACAGAUGGGUGGAAAAUAGGACACGAAACACCAACAAGACAAACACGAGCUCUACUUCAGUGUAUCAUUGAUAUAAACACUGAGGAAUUAUGGUGGAUAACAGACACGCAACGGCUCUGGUCAUUGCCGGUGUUUUAAGUGCGCUGGCGUCCGUGUAUCUGUCGGUGUCGGUGGGUUCGCCGCACUGGUACCGGUACACGAGCCCUCCUGUGCGCGCGGAGCCCAACGCCACGGAGCUGCGCGCGCUGCAGGGCGAGUUUCUGGAUGGAGAAUUUGAUGAGAAAACGGUGAGCGACGCGAUGUUCCGCAUGAACGGAACGCUCGGACUAUGGUGGAGAUGCAUUCAUACUCCGACUGAUGCGCACUGGUACAGAGAUCCAGAUCCAAAGAUGGUUCUGGAGUGUGCAAGUUUUACUCUCUCACAACAAUUCACCCCAAAAUACAAAGAACCGGGAAAUCACAACAGUGGAGAAGACACAAUACGAACUUAUCUUUGGAGGUGUCAGUUUUUGCUGCCGCUGGUCUCUUUGGGUCUGGUGGUUCUGGGCGGUCUGUUGGGUUUCUGUGCCUGUCUGUGUGGCAGCCUCACUCCUGUGCUCUUCAUCGGUUUGUUGCACCUGCUGGCAGGCCUGUGUUCUUUAGCUACCGUGUGUUGUUUUCUGGCUGGAGUAGAUCUGCUGCACCGCGUUUCUGUGUUUCCCGAUAACGUGGAUGGAACUCUGGGCUGGUCGCUGUAUCUGGCGCUCAUCGCGUCUCCACUGCACAUGAUGGCAGCUGCACUGCUGGUGUGGGCCGCUCGCAGCCACGGUCAAACCUACUAUCGCAUGACUGCAUACAGAGUAGCAUAAUAGAUCAGACAUGUGAUCGAUCUCAGAAGAUAUCUGUAUGGAUUGUGAUCUUGAUCCUGAUGUUUUUAUUCUAAUCUGUUUUGGAUUCUUCAACUUUUGAUGAAAGGAUAUCAGGAUAAAAUGAGCUGUCAGAUCAUAGAAAGACUGUGUGUAUGUGUAUGUGUAUGUGUAUGUGUGCGUGCGUGCGUGCGUGCGUGCGUGUGUGUGUGUGUGUGUGUUGAGCUAAUGUAUAGCACUCUCAGUCAGUGUGUUAUCUAAAGAGAUCAGGUUUGAGGCAGGGUCCAUCAUUUACUAUUAUUGAGGAUGGUUGGGGAACAUCACAUGUUAGGGUUAUCUCUUUUAGAUAUUUUUUGAAUUACUGACAAACAGGACAAAAUUCUUGUUAAGAAUGUGAUUUAUGAGUGUGCCAGUGUUAAACAUCUAUUUGAUUUGAAAAUCUGUUUAAUGUUUUACUCUUUAUUGGUUGUUGGUAAGUAUUGAUGCUUGACCCUGGAUCAGUUUUACGGUGAUCUCUGAAAAUCUGCAUGUGGUCUCGCCCAUCAAUUUAUUUAAAAACAAGAAAUAAUUCUUGAAUCUUGACUAACACAAAAUUGAAUAUUAAUCAGAAUGUUCAGACUGCUUGUGUUUGCUUUAUGUGCUUGAGCACUUUUCUUUAUCAGAAGAGUUUUCAUGUCUCCUGUGGGUCAACAUAAAACUUAAAAUUAUUUUCCUUUUGAGUGUUUUAAAGUAAAGUGAUAUUUUAUCGAUGACUCAUAGUUUGUGUAUUGUAAUGCUCUUUAUAACUUUGUACAAAAUUUAACUUAUUUAUUAUUAGUAUACUUCUGUUAUUUAUUGUCAUUUGUAUUUAUUCACUCUAAAAAUGGCUGAGUUAAAUUUUGACCCAUAAUGAGUAAAUAUUGGAAACAACACACCGCUGGGUUAAAUUGACCCGACACUAAGUUGUUUUAUGGGUCAUUUUUAACCCAGCAUGUGUUCUGUCCAAUGUUAUAGAUUAUAGCUCAAAAAUAACCCAGACAUUUUUAGAGUGAUGAUUGAUAUAUUAGCUUUACAUUUAUCCUCAUAAGUUUACACACCUUGCAGAAUAUUAAUAAUUGAAAAGAAUAAAGUGAGCUCAUAGAAAUUGCAGUUUGCUUUUUAUUUAGUAGACUACAAAUUAUCAAAUCAAUUUAUUUCAAUGUAUUUUUUACACAACACAACCUUACAUAUAGGCCAGAAAAAUAAAAAAGUUUAAUUACAAUAAUAGACUUAUAAACUACACUAAUAAAAUAACCCAAAUCAAAAUCCUUUUUCUUCAUAUUCAACCCCUUUUUCAACAGUGAAAAUAUGUAAGGAUUUAUAUUUUCACAUUGUGUACGACUGAGACUCAACAAUUACAAAGAUACAAUCAGUCACUGUUGCUCAAGAAGACAACCCGACACAUAACAGCCAGUGGUCAUGUAUUUGAACUUCUGAACAGGAUGAUUGAUGUAAAUUGUUUCGUCUUCUGGGAAAUAUGUCAAAUUUAAAGGGGACUUUUUAAAGAUAUCAAAUAAAUCUUUGGUGUCCCUAGAGUACGUAUUUGAAGUUAUAGCUCUAAAUACCCCACAGAUCAUUCGUAAGCAAAAAUGUGCUGUUUUGGGUUUGUCCUUUAAAGUGCAAAUGAGCUAGGGCCGGUUGCACCAGCUGGGCGUAAAACCGGUUGUAAGACUAGUGUGGAUGUAAAAUGCGUUUUAUGACGGACAUAGAAUUUGCACCUGUUGCACCGUCUAGGCGUAGCGCACGUUUGACUCUCAUUUGUCAUCUAUUAGCUGGCGGCACUAAGUGUAAGUUUUUAACCAUAGUAUACACAAAUGGUGUCUCAAUUUCACUGACGCGGGGACACGCAUCAUGUAAGCUAAUCAUAGCUGCAUCUGGUCGUAGUUUCAAAAGUGGAAGCUAACCCUAACCCUAACCAGCCCCUGAUCUCCCUGCUGAAAAAAUUGCAUAGACCAGCAUCAUUCCCAUGCUCGUUUGGUGCUGGUUUUAGAGUGGGUGCCGGUUAUUUUUUAUACAUGUGUUGUAUUUGUUUGUCUGUCGGUGUUUGUAAACUUUCAAA